UAGUAAACAACAUGGCGGCCUCCAGCUUUUUGUGUUGUUGUCUACGAAUUUCCCAAAAAUAAAGCCUUUCCAAAGCAACAAUGCGUCCUAAGGCCACACGCCGGGAUGCAGGAGAUAAAAUGGGUGGACGGGAUAAAGAUAAAUCUAACCCUUCGUUCAAUAUGCGAAUAAAAUUGUUUACGGAUGAAGUUUUUCCUUUGUACAACAUCACUGCAGACAUGAAAGUUGCAGAUUUAAAGAAAUAUGUAGAGUUUGCCACCGGCAUACCGGUUCAUUUGCAACGAAUAAGUUAUUUGGAUGAAGGUGAACUACAAGACAGUGUGGACAUAAGAAGUUGUGAUAUUGUACCAGGGGCUACUCUUCAUCUUCGAGUUUGGCCAACAUGGAAAGAGCUGAUUGAAGCAGUUACUGCCAAUGAUAUAGACUGGGUAUUCAGUUUAGGUGUAACAGCAAACACUACAUACCAUACGCCCCAGUCUGAUUAUAUGACUAAGAAACAGAGACGUCCAUGGAUUGAAGAAAGAGCAUUCAUUGCUUUAUUUAUAGCUAGUCACAGAGGCCAUGACAAAUUGGUAAAAAGAUUGAUAGAUGCUGGUGCAAGUUUGAGUGCUACAACACCUGCUGGUCGAACGGCUCUCCAUGUUGCGUCAGCUCAAGGUCAAUCGAAAAUUGUCGAUGUCCUUUUAGAAAGUGGGGCAGACAUCGGAGCAAGAGAUGUUGAUGGUAACGACGCUUUAGGAAUUGCUGCAAAAUACAACCAAGAUAAAACAUGUGAACGUCAUUUAUUUUUGUUUCGAUGGCAACAGAGAGCAAAACAAACCAAAAAGAGCGCAGAACCUGAAAGAAUGGCGCAUCAAUUUAACGAUUCAGCUUUCCCAGUUUGGUUAAAAGGAAACCAAUGCCAGCUUUAUUUUUCAAACAUUCUACCUCCAUCUGAGUAUGAAGGGACUAGAAUGAAUUCCCCUAGACGAAAAGCACACCCUCGUGAAUUAACCAGGGAAAGAUUAUAUGGUAGCGGAGAACCACAAGAAGAAGAGUACGAAAUUGUAGAAGAUGAAGAUGGCGAAGAAGGUUCAUUGAGACUGCCUGUUAUUAAAGAAGAAAGGACUAAACCUAGAUCUGGUCAUAGACAUUCUAGACCCAGUAGAAAUAAACAACCUUUCUCUUAUGAUGAAUGGAUUGGAAAAAAGAAAUCACGGGAACAAAAAUCACUAGACGUAAUAAAGGCUAAGAAAGAGAAAGAAAAGUCGGAGGAAAAUGAAAGAGAGAAAAUAAAAGGUCUCGGAAAAUUGGAUGAGAAACGUGCUGAGAUAGAAAAAAGCCAGUCAUACGAAACAUGGUUAGAGAACCGAGAAUUCGAAAAGAAGAAAACAGACAUCCAUAGACCCCAAGAGGAAAUAAGAAGAAUUGAAAGAGGACCUAGUGCUUUUAGACUAUAUUUGCGUUCUCUCGGAAGAACAAGGGAUGGUGAGACGUAUGAAGACUGGUUAGACCAAAAAGAGGAAGAAGUGGGAAUGGACCGCUCAAAUAGAAAAGCACUUGUUGGACAUUGAUGGGACCUGAUAGCUUUAGAGUACCAGUCAAGUAGUUUCAAAUAAACGGAUAUGUAAUCCAGUCAUUUUCAUUCACUUGAAAUUCAAUCUGUUGAUUGAGGUUGAAAUGAAGCGGAAGUUGGAAUAUGCAUAAACAAUAAAAAAUAAUAUGAGAAAUAUGUCACAGCAUGAAAAGAGACGUUAUUUACCAUUGUUUUUUUUAUUUCUACUUGUUCAUUCUACAUGUUCUUUUAAGAGUCUGAGACUUUCAUACUCUUGAUAGUGUGUUUUAAUUCAAUUCUUAUAAAUCCAUUAGAUGAAAAUUAAAUUUGAUUUUUAGCCGAAAUAAAACUAAUUAAUUCCACCUUGGUAUAGAAUGCAAAGUUCAUUAUAUGCUAUAAAUUGAUUCUAAUAGCAUUUCCUUCUGUGUUUUUCCAAGGUACUGUUUUAGAUAAAAUAGUAGACAAGUUCUUCACAUUUUAGAUUAUUGUACAUCAUCUGUAUGAUAUUUUCUGCAUGCUGUAAAAGUAGUAUUGUUCGGUGUACAGAAGUGAUUUAGGUGAUUGAUUCUUCAGAGGGCUAGAAGAUGUUUUAUGUCUGUAUUUUACAUGACUCUUAACUUAUAAAUCUGCUUAAAGCUUUUUUUAUAGUCUUAUUUAAUGACAUAUUUUAUUAUAUACAUGUAGAUUCUGUGAUAUUUUCAAAGUUGAUACUGCUGCAAUUGAGAUCAUACAUUACUG